AUGAGAGAGUGGAGCACAGGGAUCUUCUCCUGCGUUCCAGGCUCGGAUGAGCACACGAGCUCCGAUUGCGAAAUUUGCUGUCUUGGCAUGUUCGCACCGUGCGUGCUUUAUGGAAGCAACAUGACACGCCUUACCGGCGACCAUAAUGAGUUUUACGACAGCUGCAUGCGAUACACCGCCUUGUUCGUUCUUGGGAAGUGUUUGCUGCACUGCAACGCGCUCGCUCCAAUCUCAUCAUGGCCCAGUCGAUCCGCCAUCCGCUCGCAACUCCGUCUCCAGAGCGGAGCCGAAGACAUUACAAGUGAUCCUUCAGAGGGUUGCCAUCGCACCUGCCAGGGGUCUGCGGCUGCUGAUAGGGUGGCUGUCGUUGCUCCCAAGGUGCAAGCCAUGAACCACUGA